AUGCUGAUCUACCAGAUCAACCUUGUGGUGAAAGCGCGCCGUAAAUCCAACAUACAAUAUCCCCGUGCAUAUGCCGAGAAGGCGGAGAUCGAGGCCAGCCCAGAGGCCAUGGCAUUCAACUGUGCUCAGCGUGCCCAUCAAAAUACUUUGGAAAACAUUCCUAUGAUCUACACCUCGACGCUGAUCACCAGCAUCAAAUAUCCCGUGUUCUCGUCGGCCAUGCUCACCAUCUGGUCGCUCUCUCGCGUCGCCUACGCCGCGGGCUAUUCUAGUGGAAACCCCCAGAAACGCAUGAACUUUCUGAGCACCCUCCACUAUCCCACUAUCUUGGGCCUCGCCGUGUCUGCGACAUGGACUGUUGGACAAUUAAUUCUGGCAGACCUCUCAUGAGCCUCCUGUUCUUCUUCCUUUGCGAGAUGUGAGCGGGCUCGUUCGGUUGUAUGGGCGACAGUGCGCUUCGAUUCCAGACAAACCUACUCUCUCUUUCACUAAUUCUGAUGCUUGAAUAUAAUUUCAUCGGAUAUAUACACAAGCGACAUUGAUUGUUAAGCAAAUUGAAACCCCUUCCGAGGACGAGAAUAAUGAUCCAAUUUCAAUCAUGGAUAGCUAGGUUGGCUCGCGUUUCGGUCGAAUCGAACUGACACGUGAUCGCGUUUAGAUGGCCACAAUCACAAUAACUGCAUCGGACAACUUCCAAGUGUACAUGUUAUUGUAUAUUGAUUGUCCUCAUUUCUCGCGACCCCGAGCUACAACGAAAUAGUUGAAUCCAAUAUGUUCGACACACCCACGUCCCCGCUUGCUGAAGUUGGAUUGACGAUCGUGGGGUCGAAAUGAGAGCUUCGAGAAGAGUUCGGCCAAGGUCGAGGGGGAAAGGAUAUAUCUAUGCAGCUGUUAGCAAUAGGCCAGGGAAAUUCGAGGCAUAGUCCGUUUCGACCCGUUCGCUCAUUGAGUGGGCCAGACUCUCAGAGGUUCGAGGCCGAGGAACAGAGAUAUUUGUGACUCAUCUUUGUCGGCAACCACGUUAGACGUUGGAUUUGGUAUCUUCUGCUGGGAUAAUCAGCAAACGGUCUCCUCGGAAUACAAAGAAGCAUCAAAGGAGCGCUCGUUAUCGAGUUUAUCAUCGAGCUGGCCGGGC